UAUCCGUUGUCUGUUGUCGUCGUCGUUGUCGUUGUGGUCGUCGUCGUAAACUUUUCACAUUUUCAUCUUCUUCUCAAGAACCACUGGGCCAAUUUCAACCAAACUUGGCACAAAGUAUCCUUGGGUGAAGGGGAUUCAAGUUUGUUCAAAUGAAGGGCCACGCCCUUUUCCAAGGGGAGAUAAUCAUGAUUUAGAGAAAAAUUAUUGGCAUUUUUAAAAAAUCUUCUCCUCAAGAACCACUGGGCCAGGAAAGAUGAAACUCAUGUGGAAUCAUCCUCAGGUAGAGUAGAUUCAAAUUUGUUCAAAUCAUGACCCCCGGGGGUAGGGCGGGGCCAAAAUUGCCGAUCAAAGUUUUACAUAGGAAUAUAUAGGAAAAAUCUUUAAAAAUCUUCUUCUCAAGAACCACUGGGCCAGGAAAAAUGAAACUCAUGUCGAAUCAUCCUCAGGUAGUGUAGAUUCAAGUUUGUUCAAGUCAUGACCCCCGGGGGUAGGGCGGGGCCAAAAUGGCCGAUCAAAGUUUUACAUAGGAAAAUAUAGGAAAAAUCUUUAAAAAUCUUCUUCUCAAGAACCACUGGGCCAGGAAAAAUGAAACUCAUGUGGAAUCAUCCUCAGGUAGUGUAGAUUCAAGUUUGUUCAAGUCAUGACCCCCAGGGGUAGGGCGGGGCCAAAAUGGCCGAUCAAAGUUUUACAUAGGAAUAUAUAGGAAAAAUCUUCUUCUCAAGAACCACUGGGCCAGGAAAGAUGAAACUCAUGUGGAAUCAUCCUCAGGUAGUGUAGAUUCAAGUUUGUUCAAGUCAUGACCCCCAGGGGUAGGGCGGGGCCAAAAUGGCCAAUUAAAGUUUUACAUAGGAAUAUAUAGGAAAAAUCUUUAAAAAUCUCCUUCUCGAGAACCACUGGGCCAGGAAAAAUGAAACUCAUGUGGUAUCAUCCUCAGGUAGUGUAAAUUCAAGUUUGUUCAAGUCAUGACCUCCGGGGGUAGGUUGGGGCCAAAAUGGCCAAUCAAAGUUUUACAUAGGAAUAUAUAGGAAAAAUCUUUAAAAAUCUUCUUCUCAAGAACCACUGGGCCAGGAAAAAUGAAACUCAUGUGGAAUCAUCCUCAGGUAGUGUAGAUUCAAGUUUGUUCAAGUCAUGACCCCCGGGGGUAGGGCGGGGCCAAAAUGGCCGAUCAAAGUUCUACAUAGGAAUAUAUAGGGAAAAUCUUAAAAAAUCUUCUUCUCAAGAACCAUUGAAACAGGAAAGAUGAAACUCAUGUGAAAUUAUCCUCAGGUAGUGUAGAUUCAAGUUUGUUCAAGUCAUGACCCCGGGGUAAGGGUAUGGCCAAAAUGGCCGACCAAAGUUUUACAUAAGAAUAAAUAGGGAAACCUUUUAAAUCUUCUUUUCAAGAACUUCAAAGCCAGGAUUAGUAAUAUUUGUAUGGAAUCAUCCUCAGGUAAUGUAGAUUCUAGUUCGUUCAAAUUAUGAUCCCCUUGGGGGUUAUUAAUUAAGCCCCCCCCCCCCCCCCCCCAACUUAAAUUAACUUUCAGUUCUGAUCUGAUAUGUCUUUUUUCCUAGCUGAUGUGCUCAGGUGAGCGCUGUGGCCCCUGGGCCUCUUGUUUCUGGUACUUGGUGUUGUUGCGAAUGAUUUGGAUUUUGAGACAUGGAGAAAGGUCAUGGAGUCUCGUUUAUUGAAACUUGAGCACGAUGUUGAUGUACUUUCAAGUGAAAACAGAAGAUUAAAGAUGAAAAAUGCAGAGCAGGACAAUGAAAUUGAAAUUUUGCAAAAUGCGAAUAAGCAAUUACAUGAGUUAAUUGAUGAGAUUCUUGAACGUGAAAAUGAAGAUUUGAAAACUCUGAUAACAUCAAAUAAGAACAGAUCCAGUAUACACUUUCACUUAUCGGAGUCUACUAACAUGACUAGUGUUAAAAGAAACGAUCACGCGAAACAGCCUAGGUUACUUGUACCCAACGCUCCCAGAGAAAGUGUUGCAUUUUAUGCCUAUAUCAAUUCGGUCCACUCCUCAGAUCUCCCCACGAAGCAUAUCAGUGUGUAUGACACCGUGAUAACAAACUAUGGUAAUGGUUACCAUAAAGAAGAUGGCAUUUUUACCGUUCCACAGCACGGUAUAUAUGUCUUUCCCUGGACUGUCGCAGUUGCAGAUGGCGAAUGGAUAAAUGCCGAGAUCGUCCUAAAUGGUUCUCCAUUUGGAAGUAUAACGGCUGACACCGGUGAAGCUGGGUCGUAUGAUGGAGGUUUUUCCACUGGCAUUGCCAUAAAGGAGGUUAGCACAGGAGACCAUGUGUUCAUCCGAACGGUCACUCAUGACUCAAAAUCGCAAAUCUACAGUGGGUCUGCUGCUCGGACAUCUUUUGCUGGCUGGAUACUGUUUUAAUGUUCUUUUAUUGACUACUAAAGAGAGAAAACUUGAAUCAAUAAAUUUUGUCUUGUAAACAU